AUGAGUCCGUUACAUUUUCUGAAAUCAGCAGCGAUAGCUGCCUCCAUGCUGGCCAGCGUCGGCAAUGCUGCACCACAUGGUCCGAUGUCUCUGGUGAAGAAAGACCUGAAAUUCGCCUUCGGCAGCGAGAAGAUCAGAGGCGUCAACCUGGGAGGUUGGCUCGUACUCGAGCCAUGGAUCACUCCGUCCAUAUUCCAGGCGACGCCGGACAAUGUGGUUGACGAGUAUACGCUCACCAAGACCUUGGGGGCAGCUGAGGCAUCGACACGUCUCGAGUCACAUUGGAGCUCGUGGAUCACGGCUGCGGACUUCACCGACAUGCAUUCGAAGGGCAUUAACUUCGUCCGGAUUCCUGUUGGCUACUGGUCGGUCACACCCUUGGAUGGAGACCCCUAUGUCUCCGGCGGCUACAAAUACCUUGGCCAAGCCCUCGACUGGGCUCAAAGCGCGAGCAUCAAGGUGAUGAUCGACCUGCACGGCGCGCCCGGCUCGCAGAACGGCCUGGACAACUCGGGAAGACGCGGAGCCAUCAGCUGGACCCAAGGCGACACGGUACAGCAGACGCUGGGCGCCCUGACCAAGCUCCGGAACGACUUCUCGUCACAUGCAGCAGUCGCCGCCAUAGAGCUAAUCAACGAGCCCAUGAGCCCCCAACUCAACAUGGACACAGUCCGGCAAUUCAUGGUCGACGGCCUAGGCACGCUACAGAACUCAAACGUGGCAGUAGCCUUCCACGAUGCGUUCCUCGGCCCGACGGCGUGGAACGACUGGGGCGCCGCAUCGGCGCAGUCGUCGCUGCUGCUCGAUACCCACCACUACGAGGUAUUCGAUGCGGGCCAGCUGCAGAUGAGCACCGACCAGCACAUCGCCAGCGCGUGCGGCUUCGGCCAGCAGCUGGCAAGCUCCAACAAAUGGGCCAUCAACGGCGAGUUCUCCGGCGCCAUGACGGACUGUGCGACCUGGCUCAACGGCCGCGGCGUGGGCGCUCGCUACGACGGCACGUUCAACUACAACGGCGCGUCGUCCUCCUACAUCGGGUCUUGCGCUGGGAAGUCGAAUGUCGCGGUGGCUGCCCUCGCCCAGUCGGAGCGCGAUAACAUUGCGAACUUCCUCAAGGCGCAGAUGGUCGCCUACGAGAAGGCCGACGGUUGGAUCUUCUGGACUUGGAAGACCGAGUCUGCGCCUGAGUGGGACUUUCAGGAGCUGUCCAAUGCUGGCGUCAUUCCUCAGCUGGGCUCGUGGGAUACUUCUAUCUGCGGAUAA